AUGCCACGUUCCCAGUCGGUGCACGAUCCAGGACGGCCUCCUGUUUGUCCUGGUAUCCUGCGAGACCUUGUAGCAGCUGCAAGGCUGUGCUUUCAGCUCAGGACAAGGCACGUGAGCUUCGAAAUCCCCUUGAGGUGUGUGUGCUGCGUUUACUUGGUGAAGCUUCUGUUUCUCCAGAAGCAUAUUGAACGGGUAACUGGUGCAAAGCGGCGCCUUCAUCUGAGCUCGCACUGGAGCGCAGGCUUCGACAGUCUUUUCUCGAAGCACCAUACACAACUGAAAUGCACUGCGCUCAUGAAGCCAAUAGAUGCGCACACCAAAUCUCCGAGGGCGCUCACAGACGAUGCCACCGAAACAGCAGUGUCACAGAGCCUUCAGGCGAAGCGACCAAGAAGCUCUGGGCAAACGCUUGCACUGCACUGUACCACGCCGCCAGUGUCGAGUGCAAACGCUCUGAGCGGUGCUGACUUUGGCUUCCCAUAUCCGCAGCCAUACGGGACUCAGCUUGAGCUCAUGCGAGCGGUAUAUGAGACCAUCGACCGUGGUGGAAUCGGCGUGUUCGAGUCGCCAACAGGCACAGGCAAAACGCUCUCCCUUCUAUGUGCAGCGCUUACCUGGAUACGACAAGACAGGCAUCGAAUGGACCGUACCAACGACGUGCACGAGGAACCUAGUUCCCAAAGUGAACCAGACUGGUUACGGGACUACGAGAUCGCCAGCAGCUCAGGUUCAAACUCGCCGAUGAAGUACAAUUCUUUCGUGAACAGCGGAACGCGAAGCGAGCCUACGCGCGUGAUGCAGUUCAGCAUAGGGCGUUAUUCGCAGGGAACGCGAACCGAAGACCCCGUAAUUUAUUCACCAGUGCACUCACUCGAUACGAACACCAGUGGAUCGCUAGGACGAGCCAGUGCUGCCUCGUCUGGUUUGGUGCUUUUCGGAGAUGACGACAGUGCGUUUGCCCCCGACAUGCCGCGUCAAGGAAUGCACCCCGGCCGGAUGCCGCCGCCGUACCGUAUCCUUUACGCUUCACGUACGCACUCGCAACUUUCGCAGUUUAUCAGUGAAGUUCGACGGACCGAGUAUGCGAAGCAGGAUCCGACAUUGACGACAACCGUACUCGCAUCCCGAAAAAUGAUGUGCAUCCAUCCGAAGGUGCGGAUGCUGCGCUCAGCAGCAGCCGUGAAUGAACGCUGUCACGAGCUGAGGAACAACCAAGUCAAGACGGCAGCCGCUGAGCAGCAAUCACAAUGCCCGUUUUAUCAGAAGGAGCGUAUUCGCAAUCUCGCGAAUGUCAUGCACCAGCAGGUUUGCGACCUCGAAGAUCUGCUGGCGCUAGGGCAGCAACACCAGGCAUGCCCGUACUAUGCAGCACGAGCGUCGCUUGCGUGUGCGGAGCUCAUCGUCAUGCCGUAUCAGACGCUGCUGCACGAGACAACGCGCCAGUCGGCGAAUGUGCCCGUAGACCAGCGCACGAUUGUGAUUUUAGAUGAGGCGCAUAACUUGGUGGAUGCACUGAAUGAAAUGCAUACAACGAAGCUUUCCAUAGCUGAAGUUACCGCAAUGGAAGCCACCGUGAGUGAGUUUAUCGAAAAGCAGAAGACAUGGAAGCCGGACCCGGAUCGGAGUUUCCAUCUCGAGCAGCUGCGACGGCUGCUUGCGGCGCUGCGGCAGGGCAUGCAGCCGGAGGACCUGUCUCGGAGGCCGUCUGACCCGACGCGAACGCGCCCACUGGACAAGGCGAGCGACGAGCACUCACCUGUAGUCCGUAGUGAAAUACCAGAGCCUGGAAGAGACCUCCAGGAUGACGUCAUCUUGUCCGAGUUUUGCCAGACGCCGAGCGAUUUUUGCUUUCAAAUGAAAAUUGAGCAAAUGAAUUUUUCCCAGUUAAUUCGUUAUUUAUUCAGCACGAAAUGCAUGCAUAUGUUACAGAGCCUUCACGAGUCGCGGCGGCGAACGGAGCGCUCGAUAGAAUCGUCCGCGCACUCAGUGCUGAGCGAGGUGGCGUCGGUUCACUCGAACGAAUCUCCGACUUUGUAUGGAACGGGCUUUUAUGAACUGGCCUCCUUUUUGGCAGCGCUUUGUGAGCCACGCGCUUGUGGCAAGGUCCUAACGGCUCCGAAUCGCCACAUACGAUACGUUCUGCUGGAUCCGAUACCCUACUUUUCCCCGAUCUAUCGCACAGCUCGGGCAACGAUUCUCGCUGGUGGCACGCUCGAGCCACGCGAAGCGCUUUUGCCAAGACUCUUCGACGAGGAAACCUGCAAGCAAGUAUACUUUAGCGCGUUUCAGCAUGUUGUACCACAGGAGAAUGUGCUCGCCCUGAUCCUAGGCAAAGGACCUACCGGACUGCCGCUGGAGUUUUCCUUCUCCCAGCGGCAAUGCAUGGCGCAGAUAGAUGAGCUUGGUCAUUGUAUUGUGAACCUCUGCGCUCUCGUUCCCAAAGGACUCGUAGUUUUCUUUCCGUCCUAUGCUCUGGAGCGUCUGGUAUGGACGCGCUUCGCUGAAACGAAUAUAAGCGAGCGGAUCGCCCGACGCAAGGAGGUCUUCCGCGAACAACGCGGCUGUGACGUGGACAAGCUCUUCAACGACUAUCGUAGCGCAGUUACCGCGCUACCCGCCGCCACUGAGCGAGCGGAACUUGCGUCUCCCCAAGAACGAGACGGCGCCCUGCUCAGUGCAGUCAUUGGUGGCAAGUUAUCCGAAGGCAUCAACUUUGCCGACGAUCUCGGGCGUUGCGUGGUAGUCGUCGGCUUGCCGUUCCCAAACGCACGCCAAACCGAGACGCGCCUCGUCCUGCACUUUCUCCAGGAACGCUACCCGAGUUCCGACCUAAGCCGCGAGUACCUCGAAAACGCCUGCAUGAUCGCCGUCAACCAGUCCGUAGGUCGAGCUAUUCGACACGCCCGUGACUAUGCUGCUGUUGUCUUCGUUGACCAGCGGUAUGCAGCGCAGGAGCGACUGCGGUUCAAGUUACCGCGUUGGUUGCGCGGUCGCGUUCUCGAGCCGCGAACUUUCGGCGACGCAAUACAGCAGCUGGCGUCGUUCUUCCGCAACAAGUGCUAG